CCCUUUAAAACCCCACCUACUUGAGACAAGAAAUUAUGAGUCCUAAGAAGAAUUCAUUAAGUUCUCCGAUGGCUUGUGGGCGUUCUUCAACGGCAAUGGGGGAGAAGAUAUCUUGGUAUUGUGCUCUGUUUCUAGCAGUCAUGCUGGUACUGAGUUGCUGCGAGUCAGGCACAAGCGAGUUGGGGAUUGAGAUGAUGCAGGAGAAUACGAAGAAGGGGUGUGAUGAGAUAUAUGUGGUUCGCGAGGGAGAGACACUGCAAACCAUAAGUGAGAAGUGUGGGGAUCCUUACAUUGUCGAAGAGAAUCCUCACAUUCAUGACCCAGAUGAUGUUUUCCCAGGAUUAGUCAUCAAGAUUAGCCCUUUCACCAUUCGAUAAGAUAUCAGAGCAACCUCGAUGUUUUCAUUUCCAUCGAGGAAUGUUACGUGGAGCGAGGUAAUAUGGUUGUACUUGCGUUGUAGGUUGGAUUACGUUUUCAGUCAUGUAAAAAAGUGCAGAUGGUUGAUGAAGUGGAGUUGAGCUGAGAGAAUUGAUUCUCUCUAUAGAGCUAUAUAUACAACCCAUUUGUCGUGUAACAUAUCAAUCCCAUGUGUAAUUCCAGGACUUGGGAGUUGGGACUAUGUAGAUUUGUAAUGUUUGGGGUUCUUGCUUCUUACAUUCUCUAUGUCGCUCAGACACUUUAAAAUUUGCUGAUAAACUGCCUGUGUUCUCCGGGAUCA